UGCCUUGUGUGAUGUGCUCCAGAUUAUGAAUACACAUUUGCACAACUCUGUCCACAAUCAGUUUAAUUUGAUGGAGAAGCUGGUGUCAAUAUUAUUGACCACGGAGCACCAUGGAAUCACCCGUGAGUUGGAUGUGUCGCCGCGCGUGUCACUCCUCCGCUGCAUCCUCCUCGCCUCCUGCAUCUCCGUCAUGCCGCCGGACGCCGACGAGUGGGCAGUGGUCGAGCGCCGGGGCCCGCACCUGUUGGAGUCGGGCCGGCCUUUCGUCGUCCACGGCUUCAACACCUACUGGCUCAUGUACUUCGCCGCCGACCCUGCCACGCGCCCCACGGUCACCGCCGCCCUCGCCGAGGCGGCCGACGCCGGGCUCAACGUGUGCCGCACCUGGGCCUUCAACGAUGGCGGCUACCGCGCGCUGCAGCUGAAGCCCUUCUCCUACGACGAGGACGUCUUCCAGGCAUUAGAUUUCGUGAUCAGUGAGGCAAGAAAGCAUAAGAUAAGGUUGAUACUGUCGCUGUGCAAUAACUGGAAAAACUACGGAGGUAAGGCACAGUAUGUAAGGUGGGGUAAUGAGGCUGGGCUGGAUCUUACUUCUGAUGACGACUUCUUCACUGAUCCCACAAUUAAGAGCUACUACAAAGCUUUUGUUAAGGCUGUUCUGACAAGAAUAAAUACAAUUACAAAUGGGGCCUACAAGGAUGAUCCUACAAUUCUUGCUUGGGAACUAAUCAACGAGCCACGAUGCCAUUCAGAUCCAUCAGGCGUCACAUUGCAGGCAUGGAUAGAAGAGAUGGCGUCUUAUGUGAAGUCUAUAGACCCUGUGCACCUUUUAGAAAUUGGUGUUGAAGGGUUUUAUGGUCCGUCCACCCCAGAACUUUUGCAUGUGAACCCAGAUGCUUAUUCUGGAACUGUGGGAACAGAUUUUAUUAGGAAUCAUCGUGCAGUUGGAAUUGAUUUGGCUUCUAUUCAUAUUUAUUCUGACACUUGGUUGCCUCAUUCUGUAGAGGACAAUCACCUCCAAUUUGUCAAUACCUGGAUGCAACAACACAUUGAUGAUGCAGCCAACUUGCUUGGGAUGCCAAUUUUGAUCGGGGAGUUUGGGGUAUCACUUAAGGACGGGAGGUUCGGCAAUGAAUUUCGAGAGUCUUUCAUGGAGACAGUCUACACAAUUUUCUCGAGCUCUUGGAAGAGUGGAGUGAUCGGGGGAGGCUGCCUUGUUUGGCAGCUCUUCCCUGAAAGUGCAGAGCACAUGGACGAUGGUUAUGCAGUUAUUUUCGCAAAAUCACCAUCCACAUUAAAUGUGCUUUCAAAUCACUCAAGGACUCUGGAAUGUUGAGAAUGUGUUGCCUACUUUUCUUUCUACUUAUAUUACACGGUCCAUGUUCUAAGUUUCUUUUUCAAGCCAAAGACAUUUGAAUGCUCAGUGUGUAAAUUGUAAGGCCCUAGUAUAUGCUGUCUUCUGGCUCUCAAAACUAAUGUUCUGUCAUGUAAAGAAAAUUUAAAUA